AUGGAUGCCGCAGAGUUCCGAAGAAGAGGAAAAGAGAUGGUGGAUUAUAUUGCAGAUUACCUCGAGCAGAUAGAAAAGAGGCAGGUGUACCCUGAUGUGGAGCCCGGCUAUUUGAGGCCCCUCAUCCCGGACUCUGCUCCCGAAGAACCGGAGAGAUUUGAAGACAUCCUCCAAGAUGUUGAAAGGGUCAUCAUGCCAGGGGUGACACACUGGCACAGCCCCUACUUCUUUGCCUAUUUCCCCACCGCCAGCUCUUUCCCGGCUCUUCUGGCGGACAUGCUGUCUGGGGGCAUUGGAUGCAUUGGCUUUUCUUGGGCGUCCAGCCCAGCCUGCACAGAACUGGAGACAGUGAUGCUGGAUUGGCUAGGAAAGAUGAUAAAUCUGCCUCCGCAGUUUUUGGCUGGGAAGGAUGGUGAGGGCGGUGGUGUGAUCCAGGAGAGCUUCAGCCAGGCCACCUUGGUUGCCCUGCUUGCAGCUAGAACCAAAGCGAUCCAUCGAGUCCAGCGGGAAAAGAGGGAACUGACUCAGGGAGAAAUCAUUGGCCGCUUGGUGGCUUAUACGUCUGAUCAAGCUCAUUUUUCAGUAGAAAAGGCUGGAUUAAUCGCCGGGGUGAAGAUCAAGGAGGUCCCCACGGAUGACAAGUUUGCUGUACGUGGAUCAGCUCUAAGAAAAAUUUUGGAUCAAGACAAAGCAGCUGGUCUUAUCCCAUUCUUUUUCUGCGCGACCCUUGGAACCACAACGUGCUGCUCUUUCGACAAACUCCCGGAACUGGGCCCGAUGUGUAAUGCUGAGAAUAUCUGGAUGCACAUUGACGCUGCCUAUGCGGGGAGUUCAUUCAUCUGUCCUGAAUUUCGCCACCUUCUCAACGGAGUUGAAUUUGCAGAUUCCUUUAACUUCAACCCACACAAAUGGCUUCUGGUGAACUUUGACUGUUCUACAAUGUGGGUGAAGAAGAGAACAGAUUUAACCUGUGCCUUUAAGAUAGACCCUGUGUACCUGAAGCACGACCAUCAAGAAUCGGGACUCAUCACAGAUUAUAGGCACUGGCAGAUUCCCCUGGGUCGGCGGUUCCGUUCCUUGAAAAUGUGGUUUGUAUUUCGAAUGUAUGGCGUGAAGGGACUCCAGGAAUACAUCCGAAAGCAUGUUAAACUAGCUCAUGAAUUUAAGGAUCUGGUGCUUCAGGACGAUCGGUUUGAGAUCUGUGCUGACGUCGUAUUGGGACUGGUGUGCUUCCGACUAAAGGGCACAAAUGAGCUCAACGAGGCACUGCUGAAGAGCAUAAACAACGCCAGGAAGAUCCAUCUCGUUCCAUGCCGCCUGAAAGGGAAAUUUGUGCUGCGUUUUUCAAUUUGUGCUCGCACGGCGGAAUCUGCCCAUGUCCAGUUUGCCUGGAAGCACAUCGUGAUGCUGGCGAGUGAACUGUUGAAGGCCCAGAAGCAGCAACAGUGA